AUGAAGUCCAACCUAAUGCAUUUAGUCCCCCCAGUAAGCAGGGACAGAAUACUCUCCUGAUUUCCCAAAUGGUACACACCUGAGGCCUCUUUGCAGUUCAAAGAGCACUUCCAUGCAGAGGUGAGGAUGGCUUGUCAGCAGAGCACUGGAUAUGGCUACAAGGCUACCAAUGAAGUGGAUUUUGAAAUGGAACGUUUUGAAAUAAUUGGAGUAUCAUCUGCUGUCCAGAUAUGGGACACAGCAGGUCAGGAGAAGUUCAAGUGCAUUGCAUCUGUUUACUACCAAGGAGCAGUGGUUAUAAUAACAGUGUUUGAUCUGGCUGAUAUCCAGACUUUGGAUCACAUCAAAUAAUGGCUAGAUGAUGCACUGAGGGAGAAUGAGCCAGAUUCCAGCUUCAUCUUUCUAGUUGGAACAAAAAAAAAAACAACAAAACAAACAUUUGCUGGGGAGAUUGUCAAAGAAUUCCUUUCCCAAGUUUCUAUCUUGGCCUUUGAACAGUCCGUGAUAACGUAGCUGGAGAAAAUUUCUGGGCACAUCGCCCAAAUUGGGUCAGGAAACCUCAUCAAAGUGGAGAAAACCAUGAUGGAAAUCCCAGAACACAACUAUCAAGUAAGCCCGAGCUGUUGCUGA